AAAAAGAGAGCGAUAACACACACUUUCUGUCUAAAAUUGUGUGUCCUCUCAUUCUCUUUCACUCUCUUGAUACUCAACCCGGUUUAAUCAUAUUUCUUAGUUUAUCUUUUCAACAUUUUCUAGCUAAAAAAUGCCUUUAGAGUCUAUUGUAUACCCACAAGAUCCACUCGGUUACCUCUCCACUUGCAAAGAUUUCAUGUUCCACGAUCUGUACUAUCAAGAAGAGGUGGUAGUAGUAGCUCAAGACACGAAGAACAACAUUAAUAAGUUAGGUCAAGAGCAGAGCUUUGUGGAAAACAAUAAAGAGGAAGAUCGUCAAAGGCUAGACUAUCAUCAGUACCCUUUACUCCCUUCGUUAGAAGAAGAACUUGGUCUUCCUGUCACUGAUAUGGAGAGUCCUCCUCCUCUGCAGCAGAGGAGGAAGAGGAGGAGAACUAGAAGCAACAAGAACGUGGAAGAGAUCGAGAACCAGAGAAUGACUCACAUCGCAGUCGAGAGAAAUCGCCGGAAACAGAUGAACGAGUACCUAGCCGUGCUCCGUUCUUUAAUGCCUUCCUCUUAUGCUCAAAGGGGAGAUCAAGCAUCGAUAGUAGGAGGAGCCAUUAAUUACGUGAAGGAGUUGGAGCACAUCUUACAAUCUAUCGAGCCUAAUAGGACCACUACCAUAACUCAUGAAGCUAACACUAGCACUAGCUCGUUAGUGGAUCCCUUCUCAGAUCUCUUCUCUUUCCCUCAAUACUCAACAAAGUCAUCAUCAAUAACGGAAGGCUCAUCUUCACCGGCGGAGAUAGAAGUGACGGUGGCGGAAGGCCACGCGAACAUCAAGAUUAUGGCGAAGAAGAAGCCAAAGCAGCUUCUUAAGCUCGUAGCUUCGAUACAGAGCCUAAGACUCACUCUUCUUCAUCUCAAUGUCACCACUCUUGACAACUCGAUUCUCUACUCCAUCAGCGUCAAGGUUGAAGAUGGGAGCCAAGUGAAUACCGUGGACAACAUUGCAACAGCUUUGAAUCAAAUCAUACGAAGGAUUCAAGAAGAGUCGUAAUGAUUUAGCUUAAAUUAUUUUAGUUUCGGAUGUUUCUUUUUCCUUAAAUGUAUUUAGAAGUUGCAUUUUUGUCUCCAUGUAAUCAGUCAGUUGUCUUUGGCCUCUACACUAUGUCAUAUCUAUUUGUAAAAACAUGGGUUGAUGUUUUUUUAAAAAGGUGUAUAAGUCCACAGGUUGGUGAUAUUGGCC